CGACAUGUUGCCGCGAGCCGCCUGCAGGGUGCUGGCGGGGAAACUGUGUCAGUUCUCUGGCCGGACAGCGCGCUACCACGGCCAGAGCGAGUGGGAGCAGAGCUCUCACAGCUGCACCGACAACCCCAGGAUUCUCAUCACAGGUAGUCUCGGACAACUAGGGCCUGUGAUGGCCCAUUUCUUGAGGGAGAAAUAUAGUGUCGACAAUGUCAUCAUGUCUGACAUCAUCAAACCAACAAAAGAAAUAGCAGAAAGUGGUCCGUACAUAUUCGCCGACGUGCUGGACUUCAAGGGCCUGCAGAGGAUCGUGGUGAUGCACCGCAUCGACUGGAUCAUCCACUUCAGCGCGCUGCUGAGCGCCAUCGGCGAGCAGAACGUGCCGCUCGCCGUGCGCGUCAACAUCGAGGGGGCCCACAACGUGAUCGAGCUGGCCAAGCAGUACCGCCUGAAGCUGUUCCUGCCCAGCACCAUCGGCGCGUUCGGGCCCGAGUCGCCGCGCAACCCCACGCCCAACGUCACCAUCCAGCGACCCAAGACCAUCUACGGCGUGUCCAAGGUGCACGCCGAGCUGAUGGGCGAGUACUACCACUACCGCUUCGGCCUGGACUUCCGCUGCCUGCGCUUCCCCGGCGUCAUCAGCAGCGACCCGCCGGGCGGCGGCACCACGGACUACGCAGUUGCCAUCUUCUUCGAAUCGCUGCGGGAGAAGCUAUUUGAAUGCUACCUGCGACCAGACACCAGGCUGCCGAUGAUGUACAUCGAGGACUGCAAACGCGCCAUCUGGGAGUACAUGGUCACUCCCAGCGAGAAACUGAAGCGUCGGGUGUACAACGUAACAGCCAUGAGCUUCACUCCCGAGGAGCUGGUGACAGCCAUAAGGAAACACAUACCUUCCCUGAAAAUAACCUACAAUCCUGACAGCAGGCAAAACAUUGCUGAUUCGUGGCCGUGUGUGUUCGACGACAGUGAAGCUCGCAAUGAUUGGGGCUGGAGUCACAACUACGAUAUCAACAAACUUGUGGAAACAAUGAUAAGAGAUGUCAGGAAUAAAAUGGAGGCAUCAUGACACAAGCAGAUGGCUACAAAAUGUAAAACACUACUGCCCCAUGUUGCUUGUGUCCAAGUACCUUAUACUUUAAACGCCGUUUAAAGGUAUCAGCAGAAUUCUUGGUACUGGGUAAAAGAAGCAAUGAUUUCUUUCUUCGAAAAGAAAUACAUAGUAUAUUUCUACAGGAGUCAAAUUUUGAUUCCAUUCAAUACAGUGAAGACUGGAGAGUAAUGUGGACAUUAUUUUAAAAUAAUUUUAAAUAAAUUAAACUCAAAUUACUUUUGGUACUCUAUAAUAUUAUUCAAAAAGACAUGUAAUGUAAAAAGAUACAAACUUUCUCAUAAAUGUUAUUUAUAAAGAAACUA